UCUUUCCCUCCCGUGUUUAAUUUGCAGAGCGCCAUUCUUUCAUCCCAAGACCAGUACUUUGUAGGGGGCCAGGGCUAUGAUUGCCCCUAUUCCUUCUCGACGUCAGCAGCCAAUGUUGACGUUUCCAAGGAAACACUGGUCUCUUUCUGGGCCGCGGGUCUCCUGGACAACAGAGCCUGUCAGCACGAGCCACAUUCGCACCAACUCUAUUAUGAGCUGGACUCUGGCAUUCAAGAUGACUUUGUUUGGACAGAUCACUUGUCCCCACAAUUGCAAAGAAACCAGCAGCUUCAGGAUACUUUGUUAGAGAAAGAAGAAGAACUGGCGAGGUUACAUGAUGAAAACAACAAACUGAAGGAAUAUUUAAAUUCUACUUUUGUCAAGGGCUUGGAGGAAAAAGCUAAGAUACUUUUGCACAAUGGUCCCAGAGUGGGUUGCAGACCCAGAAAUAAGAGGAGGAGGGUGCUGGGGGAUGAGGGUGAGCACGCUUCCACUGCCAGUCAGCUGCUAUCUGGCAGCUCCCUAAAGAAAGCCUGCAGGAACCUGUCCCUGGAGUUCUGCACUGCCGAGGAGCUCGCUCACACUCCUCCCGUGGACUCGUGGGUCCUCCAGACCCUUGGACUGAAGGACGUUGACACCAUUGACCAUUCAGCUAACUACAGUGAUCUCCUGCCCUCGCUCGACGAUCACAAUGCCCUCCAUGCUGAUUCCGGGGUGGGAGUGGAGUACACGGGCAGCCCAUGCAGCUUAGAUACCCGCUACCUCUCUCCACUCUCCUCCUCCUCUCCACAGGCUCAAUCCCUCACACCCUCCCCGUUUAAAUCCCCUUACAGCGUAGACGUUUCCCGCAAUAAGACUGAAGUUGCCUUUACCAUGUCCCUCAAACCCCACCGCAAUGUGAAGACUCACAGCUUCAACCAGGGGCAGGCUUUUGUGUGCAGAGAUGAGCAGGCUGGCUGGAAGUUCACAUGGGUCCCCAAACAAUCGCAGUAAUUAUAGCCUGUUGCAUUAGCACUGCCAUCUGAAGGACAAAGUCUUUACUGUUUACAUUAUAUCGAUGCACUUCAAUUUGCCUGGGUGAAAUGUAUUUUUUUUUUUUUUUUUUACUUCUUCACUUUUUAUUUUGUAUUAUUAUUGUUAUUAUUUUAUUUACAAUCCGGGUGAAUGAAUGACCCAGCCCAAGUUAAUUACAACGCCUAAACUUGUUCCCUUGCUGCCUCAUAUCUGUGCCUAUACAAACAUGUCUGUUAUCUUUAUUUUAGUUUUCUCUCUUUUUAAACGUGGGAUUAUUCUAUACCUGCCACAGAGAGCGAAUGUCUCGUUUUACACACAAAGAAACACUAAAGCCGUUUUCUGAAGGUUAAUAUGCUGCUGUGGAGAGGAAUUUCGUCUUUGGACAGUAAAUAGAAGUAUUGUAAAUGGAAACUAUGUUCUUUGCAUUCUAAUCACAAUAACAUCAAAUGUAAUUUAAUGUUAAUAUUUUAUUGUUUUCUACUUUUGUAAGAUACUCUAAUUAAUUAUAUGUUCAAAUAUUGUUUUCAUUGUGUGCAUUCUUGUAUCACUAAUGAGCCUGUGUAUAGAUUGUAAAAUUGUUUUAUUUUGUAUUGUCCUGUUACUACAAUUUAUUAAAGCUGCCUAACUGAAA